CUUUUUUAAAUAAAAAAUGUCAAACAUAUACUCUACCUAUAUCAAUCCUUUAGACGCCCUCGUAUUCGAUUCUAUAGUUGAAUCGAAACCGUCCGAUAUGGAGACAGAAGCUAAUUUGGCACUUUGGACAAAUGCCCAGUUCACAUUUGAUGUUAAGCCUGGUAGUGGUAUAUUAGAUGAUGAUAAGCCUAUGCCAUCUACUUCUUCAAGCCCAACUAUUAGUGACAACUCUAGUCCUUCAAGCAUUACAUACGAAAGUCUAGCAAACUAUUUGGACUACGAACUCCCUCAACAACAACAGGAACAAAUGAACACUCAGAAUUUACAGCAAUAUGCGAGCCCUGUUGCAUCUACACCAAGAGUGCAAACUCAGCCAUUAUUGUUACCCAGAAUAGUGCCUGCUAUGACACUUGAAGAAAUAACAAAGGUCUUACUUUCAAGCACAAACAUUGGUUCUACCGGAAUGUUGCCUAUUACUUCGCCUAACGUGGCGCCUAUUGAAGUGGUCAAUAAUGCAGAGAAAGCGCCCGCCGAAGAAGAUAAAAGAAAGAGAAACACAGCCGCCAGCGCAAGAUUUCGUAUCAAGAAAAAGAUGAGAGAGCAAAGCAUGGAAAAGACUGUGCGCGAGAUGACCGAAAAAUCUUCAGGUCUUGAAGACCGUGUCCGAGAAUUGGAACUCGAGGUGAAAUGGCUUCGGGGCCUCUUAAUUGAGAAGACCAGCUCAGAUUCAACUGAUACCCUAGGCUCAAAAAAUACCACAUCGAUCAAAGAUGAAUUAUAACAAAAGUAGGCUUUAUGAUAUUUUAGUUUUAGGUGUUUUCCCUCUUUAUGAUAUGCCUUUUUUUUUUAUUUCUUUUUUAACUUGUAAAUAUGUUUUUUUAAUAAUAAAUGUCGCAACUAUGAUCAUUAGAUGACUAUUGGAAUGCAAAAUAAUAAUAUUUUUGUGUUCUCAAUCUUCAUCUUUUACCUCUUUUAGAA